GUGUUAGUGUGUUAGUCAUAGACGAUCGUCUGCUAAACUUACAGACAUCGGCGUGAUAAUGAUAAUGAAAUUCAAGUUAACUUUGAUGGAAUUUUCAGUUUAUAGUGUUAAAAUGUUUGAAGUCCAUCUUGUGCUGUGACCAUCGUGUUUCCACAUGCAGUUGUUUUUCUAAAUUACUUCCUUGUGCGUGUAAGCACGUUUUCAGGCUAACAUGGAGGGCGUUGGGGCCGAAAUCAGUCAAAAAAUCAAAUCUGCCAUUAAAGCCAAGCUGAUGGAAAUCGGGGCAUUUGUGGAUGACGAACUGCCGGACUAUAUCAUGGUGAUGGUCGCAAAUAAACGGACUAAAGCUCAAAUGAAUGAUGAUCUCAGCCUUUUUCUAGGCAGCAAUACUCACCAUUUCACAUCGUGGCUCCAUUCGGUCCUUGAGCAACUGAAGCAAGUUACACUUAUUUCGCAAGCCGCCAAAGGAUCAAAGGACUCUAGUAAACGGAAGUCAACCGCCUCUGGAGACAAUGCUAGUGAAGAAAGGGAGCGAAAAAAGAAACGUAAAGAGAGCAAGGAUGAAAGUGAGGUGCCAACCUCCUCCCUCCCAGUGUCAGAUAUCACCGAUCGGAUCAAACAAGAGCUCAUUAGUGAAUUUUCCAAAGACGCUAACAUAGUCACGCAAGUGCCAUCUGAAGUGCCUAAGAACAAGCGUCCUUUAGACUCUGCUCCAGAAGAGACUGAAAGUUCAAUACAACCUGCUAAAGCCUCAGAAGUCCCGCCUGAAAAAGUCUCUGAAGAUAACAAAUCUUCAAGCAAAAAGGAUGCGGCAGCAGCUGCUAGAAAAGUUAAACAUUCCGCAGAAGUCACAAAAGAAGUAUCUGUUGAAAAAGAGCUAGUCACGAACAAAAAAGUCAUCGAAAAUGGUGGUAAAGAUGGCAAUAGUGCAAAAGAAGACUCAGAGGACUCACUAUCGAUAGAAUUGAGCUCAGAUGAAAAUGAAUACAUCAACAUUAAAAAUGAUGAUUUAUUUUUAAGCGGAGACGAUGAUGUGGCAACACCAUGCCCUCCUAGUAUCAAAUCAGUGUCAAGCAAAGCAAUCAGUUUGAAAGCCAAUGACCCAAGAAGUUCAAGGCGUCAUUCAGGUUCAAAAGAAACUCUCUCUAAGAGAGGUCGAUCACCAGAACCCUCAAGAUCAACAUCUGGUGCUAGAGACGAUCAUAGGAGAGUAGUUUUAGACCGUUCUAAAGAACCCUCAAGGCGAGAUACAGAGCGUACAAAAUCGGACGCAAACUCAGUAGGAUCAAAGAAAGUUAUGGAUGCUCGAGAAGUCCUCAACUGGAAGCGAAGUUUGAGCAAAGGUCAAGCUUCAGGAGGAGAAAAGUCUGAGGAACAAUCUAGGAAUAAAUCAAUUUUUGAUCGGUUGUCAGGGAACUCUGCGCGAUCAAGUGAUCGUGUGAGGGAGAGGUCCGUUGAGCGUAUAAGACAACGAUCUGGUGAACGUGUAAGAGAGCGGUCCAGUGAACGUUCUCAGCGAGUAGCAUCAAAAGAUCACUCCAGGAGCAAAGACGAUUCAAGGAGCUCAGUAAAGUCUAGUGUCAAUAUUACUGAAAACAAGAAGCGCGAUAGGCGGACAGACGAUAUUCAAGCAGCAUCCACUCUAGCUAAGCGUCAAAAAAUAAGUAUCUCUGAGAUUGCCAAGGUGGAACGAGAGCUUUUGCGAGGUGUGCAGAAAGUUGCUGCUGUGAAGCCACAGGUCACAUCACAAGUCUCAUCCCGGAGUCUAGCGCAAUCUUCACGAAGUCACGAGCGUGAAUCCAGGAGCAGCCAGUCGUCGUCUCGUAGGAAAGAAAAGGUGCCUGAAAAUCGGCUGGCCAGUCAAGUGAUCGCCAAAGAACCGGAGCCAGAAGACGAGGAUAUUGUUGCAGACGUUCCAUCGGUAGUCAAAGUCACUCCUCGUCCCGUCAUUCCAUCAGCGAAAGCAGCACCAAGGAAUCUUAUUUUGAAGGCAGUCGCAGAGGCAGAAAAAUCUAUUCAGUCAUCUCCUGUCAGAUCAGAAAAGCUGCGAAGCAAAGAACGUGAGAAAAAAAGCAAGAGGUCCAAGGAGAAAUUCACAAAAAACAUAUCGCCUGCUUGUAUCUCAAUAACACUUCCUAAUGAUAGAGUCGGGAUCAACAAAGAUGGUAACAUUUCUGAAACGUGGCUGGAUGACUCUGAAGAUGAAGAAGUUAAAACGGAAGUGCGGCCAUCCAUAGACAUUCUCAAACUGUAUCAGUCGUCGAGGAGAGAAGGCCCCUUAUCUAGUCGCAGGAAUCCUAAUCGCAGAAGUCCGAGCCGAAGAAGUAUAAGUCCUCCAAGGAAGAAACCAACUGAGUAUGAAGAUGAAUACAGUGGAGAUGGUGAUGGUGACUCCAUUGAAUUUAACAUCUCUGAAAAUUCAUUACCGGACGAAGACCUGGAUCCUGAGCCGAAGAAGGAACCAAGCUUCAUUGUGACAUUAAAUAAUCUAGACCCCAUGAUUAAAGCUCGUGCUGAGUCUGAAGAAUCAAAAGCUGUGAACCGAGUGAAGCCUCAACGGAUAUACCCUGAAAAACUUGAUGAGUCAAGCAAUGAAACUACUCUCCCGAUGAUUCACAAAGCUGUCUCACCUGUCAUUAUCUCUGUGUCGCCAUCGUCACCAGAGAGCAGUGAUGAGACUACUCUUAAAAAGACAGUUCCAACCGUGAGCAAGCCUGUGACAACAUAUGUGGCACCCAAGGUUUCCGCUACGAAUAAAGUUGCGGAUGUCUGUAAAUUUUGGCCCAACUGCCUAGCAGGCGACAAGUGUCCCUAUGUACAUAUAAGCACUCCCUGUGUUAAUUUCCCCAACUGUAAGUUUGGUAAUCGCUGCUUAUACACACAUCCUAAGUGUAAAUUUUUGACGGCCUGUGUUCGAAAAAAUUGUCCGUAUUCACAUCCUGUCUCCAGUUUACCUUUAUCUUCUCCUGCUCUUAGUAGUCAACAGUGUAAAUACUUUCCACAGUGCACAAAAACUGGCUGUCCUUAUUUUCAUCCCAAGGUGUGUAAAUUUGGACCAAACUGUGUUACGAAAGACUGUAUCUUUGCCCAUAUAUAUUCUUCGUCAGGAAACAAAUUCAAGUGGUCUAAAUCUUCAAGCAGCCAACCGCUCUCAAUUUAUUUAUGAGAUAAUUUUAUCCGCUAGUUACCGUCACUUUAUCAUACUCAAUUCAACCUCUCGUGAGGUCAACUCAACAGUUAAGAGUGUUAACUGACUCACAGAAAAAAGUAUGAGUUAGUAGUCAUAAAUGUGAAUACCAACAAAUAAGGUAACACAAAAAUGUUUCUUUUGGGAACUGAGAAAAGAAAAAUAGAAGUCAUUAAAUUGUUCUUUGUCAUGUUCAACUAGUAUUAAAACUGAUAUUGAGACCUCCUGUGCCAUUGUGGGGUAUUCCAUACCUCCCAAACUUCCCAGUGAUAAGGUGAUUGCAGCAGCUUGCCCUGCCACCAAACCCACCGCCCACAACAGAACAUCGUCAAUAAUAUGACCAAUUAAUUUUAAGAAUUUUCUAUGUUUAUGUACGGAACUUUAUUUAAAAACUUAUAAAAAAACCGCUGCUGAUAUUUUAGACGUGAUAUAUCUCGUAACAAGGAAGAUAUCCUCAAAUUAUUAAGGUUAUUAAGGCAGCAAAUAACUCUUAGAAGGCGCUUGAAGUCUUAGGUCUCACAUCACCAUAAACUCCAGGGCCUAAUUUUGUUGGUUUAUGGUCAACCACAAGUUGAGAAACUUUUAUAUUAAUCUCUAAAUUCGACUUUAAGUUGCAAAAAUCAUAUUCUAAACUCAAACUAUACACAAGUUCAGCUUUUUUAAUGGCAGGCUCGAGCCAUUCUUAGUUCCUCAACUGUGCAAAACAUUAAUCAAAAACAUUGAUCAAAUAACAAAGUCGACGUUCAUGUCAAAACCUUCAGUCGCACAUAAACUGGUCAAUAAGAUUCUGGCCUAGCUUGUUAACUUCGCUGUAAAUGUAUGUUUUUAAAAACACAAGUUGAUUUUUUUCUAUUAAAUUUGAUGAAAAUGAAUGCUUUUGUAGCAUUGCAUUUUAUAAAAUUCUAAUUUUUAAAAGACAAAACAUUGUUAAUUCCUGCAAAAUCUUGCCACGUGCAUAAUAUUUUUUGUAUGUAUUGAACAUAUAACUGAUUUUUACAAAGAACUAUGUAUCUUUUUCAGUUCUUUAAAAUUUGUUGGUAUUCAUGUAGGUUUUGUUAUAUAAUUGUAAUUGCAAGAAAAUCAUCUUUCUCUCAAACCAAAUAAAUCCAGGUUUUUAAAAGUUUGA